CCAUUGAUGUCUUCAGUGAUAUCCCAGUGCAUAGAUCAUAACUUCAGUGCUCCUUGAUGAGUUCAGUUCUUGUGGAUUGUUUUAGAGGAGAGGGCUCACUCCUAGUUUUGUGUUUUCUCUGAAUUUUAAGAAUGACUUCUAAUGGGACUGAGAGUUGUGGCAAGAGUCUUCCUUGCAGAAUGGACCAUCUUCUUACAGCUGUGGAAAAUGAACUGCAAGCUGGAAGCGAGAAAGGGGAUCCAACAGAGAGAGAACUCAAAGUUUCUCUGGAGGAGACAGAUUUAUGGGCCAGAUUUAAGGAACUUACAAAUGAAAUGAUUGUCACUAAAAAUGGCAGGAGAAUGUUUCCUGUGCUAAAAAUUAAUGUUACUGGUCUUGAUCCAAAUGCCAUGUACUCUUUCCUGAUGGACUUUGUGACUGCUGACAACAACCGCUGGAAAUACGUAAAUGGAGAAUGGGUUCCUGGUGGGAAACCUGAACCACAGGCACCCAGCUGUGUUUAUAUUCACCCAGACUCACCAAAUUUUGGAGCACACUGGAUGAAAGCUUCUGUCUCUUUCAGCAAAGUUAAACUUACCAACAAGAUGAAUGGAGAAGGCCAGAUUAUGUUAAAUUCAUUGCAUAAAUAUGAACCCAGAAUUCAUAUAGUAAGAGUUGGGGGACCUCAAAAAAUGAUUACGAGUCAUUCGUUCCCAGAAACACAAUUUAUAGCUGUGACAGCUUACCAGAAUGAAGAGAUUACGGCUCUUAAAAUCAAACACAAUCCAUUUGCCAAAGCUUUUCUUGAUGCAAAAGAAAGGAGUGAUCAAAGCAAGGAUUUUAUGGAUGAAGUUGAAAACCAUCAACAAUCUGGAUAUUCACAACUAGGUAGUUGGCUGCUACCUGGUUCCAGCUCACUUUGUUCCUCUGCCAGUCAUCACUCUCAGUUUGGAGGUCCUUUAAGCAUUACUUCAUCCCAUGGCUGUGAAAGAUAUUCUUCACUGAGAAAUCACAGAUCUUCUCCUUACCCCAGUCCAUAUUCCCACAGGAACAACUCUCCUCCAAGUUACACAGAAAAUCCCUCUGCAUGUAUUCCCAUGUUCCAAUCAAAUGACCACUGGCCUAGCUUACAGAUGCAGACACAUACUAGCAUGCUUUCAAUAAAUCACACAAAUGGAACCUCAUCAAGUUCUUGUCAGUAUCCCAGUUUGUGGUCUGUGAGUAACAGCACAAUAGGACCAUUGCCACAGACAGGAGGGAUUACUAAUGGACUUGGAUCUCAGUACCUACGAAGCUCUACUGGCCAUUAUACUCCAUAUAAUCAAAUUGUCCAUUCGCCCACUAUGGGAUCUCCUUUAUAUGAAAGUGGAACUACGGAUUUGGAAGACAACCAGUACGAUGUCUCAGCACAUGAAAGACUUGCACCAGCUUGGGCUUCAGUAACUCCACCACCCUUGUAAAAGAGUACUAAAGCUGGGUAUCUGACACACUGAAGCCUCUAGUUAUAUAACAAAAUAGAAAGAUGUUUCCAGAAAAGCUAUGGGGAGAAUAUAUGGAAAAUUACUGUCCCCAUAUACAGAACAUUUGCUCAGCUGUAUAGAGAAAGAAACUCUGUCACUUCAAUUCAGGGAAAACAGAUAAAUAAAGAGGCAAAGGGGGAAAUAAGUCACACAAUCCUUUAUGACAUUAAAAAAGAACUUCUACAACUGAAAAUUAUUCAUUUGCAUAAGCUGUCUCAUUGUGAUGUCACAACCCUGCCAUAUGCUUGAGAUUGUUCUAGUGCAAGGAUUAGGUAAUAUUUAAAUUCCACAUAUAUGCUUUUAGAAGCUA